AUGGGGAUGCCCAAGCCCAAGCCUAACAACAACAAGGCUGGCGAAGGGGACGCAAUGCCUACUCUACAAGGAGCCACACCAGCCGGCCGUCCAGCCAGCGCAGCACGGAUGCCGCGGCCGGAAGCAAGCCGAAUGGACCCUGCUGAGCACACGCUACCAGGCGCCUCACGACAGCGGGCCCAGGGCAAGCGGCAAUCCCGGGAGACCCCAUAUCCAGCCCCAACUGUGGGAGAGAUUCCAGCACCUCGUCCGCUGCAGCAGCAGCCAGCUCCCGCUCCCCCGCUGCUAGAGGCGGGCACUUCACCUUGCGGCGCGCCAGGCACGCGUGGAGCUGAUCCAGAAUCGUUGCCACCUGGUUCAGGCAGUAGCCUGCGGUCACUACGUGAUGCUCGACGAGCAGCAGCCUCGCCGCAGGUGAACGUUCCUCCCACUGGCUCCAGCGCUCGUCAAGGGUUGGUGCAGGCGGCACAACGGGGCCUUCUCCUGCCACUGGGUACCCCAGCACGUCCCACGGAAUUGGGAUUUGACGGCCGCCAAGAAACAACUGCGGAUACCCCGCCGGCACUGCUGGCAGAGCAGUCAAGGCGGAGGACUGAGGAGGUGGUGGCGGAAGAAGGGGAGCCGGCGCAGAGCUGGUCGGCGGCGGCGGCGUCAACGGCUGUACCUGGUCCGCCGGCGCUGCUGGAGAUAGCUGCGCCUGUGUGGCCAGCGGAGGGGGAGGGGGCUGAACCGGGGACUGGAGAGGAGGUGGAGGUGGCGCCUGAGAUCGCCGCUGUUGCUGGCGCUGGCGUCGGCUCAUUUUCGCCCACUGCCAUGGAGACUGUCGCACUACCUGCGCAUACGACACGGGCGGAGGUGGAGGUGCAGGGACAAGCGGGAGAACACGGGCGGGCGCAGGAGCAGGAGCGGGGGGAGGAGCAGGGACAGGCGGAGGGAUCGGCGGCGGCGGCGGGGCCACCUGAACUGGCGGCUGCAGCUGCGGCAGUUGCAGAGGAGGUACGCGAAGUCGAUCUGGCCGAGGAGGUCGGUGCGGCUGACGCUGCGAGCGCCGGAACGUCUGCUGCUGCCGCGGACGCAGGCACGCAGGGGCGCGGCCAGGGGGGGAGUGAUAGACAGCCUCGCGGGAACGGUGCUGCUGCCCACGCCGCCCGCGUGAAGGCCGGGAAGAAGCUCCGCGCCCAGCCAGCACCGAGGCGGCCCGGAGCAGGGCUGGGACCUAGCGUCCCGGGACCCCUCCUGGGCUGGCUUCUGCAAGGGCAGCCGCCACAAGCGCAAGGGCGUCCACCUCCAUCUGGAGCACAGGACACAGAAGAGAACGUGGGAGACACGGGCAUCAGAAGGGCGGAACCCAUGCCAGAGGCCACGGGUGACAACACGAUAAGAAUGAACACGCCUCCGAAGAAUGUUCCCUGGAGGAGGAGACUGGGGAGGGGAUAA